UGACAGUCUGGGAUGGUUUCAGAUUCCAGAGGUAGUGGGAGGCGGUGAAAGCCCACGUUAGGGGGUGAACUCAUUUAAAAGUGUCGUAGGUAACGUUACGCAGACAGAUGUGAGUGCGCGCUGCUGCGUCCAACUGCGCUUGUAACUUGGCAGAAGACUUUUGCAGAACGAAGUUUCAAGAUUUUAAGGUCAUUGAAUUCCUAGUCAUGAUGAUCUCCUCUACAUUGCAUUUUGUGCUUGGUCUGAUGAUCCUUCUGACUUUGGUUGAAGCCCAGACUCAGUCCCAGCCACCCAAAAUUCAACUCCGCCUGGCCGGAAACAAACGCAAGAACUAUGAGGGUCGUGUGGAGGUCUUUUACAACAACGAGUGGGGGACCGUCUGUGAUGAUGACUUCUCAAUCGAGGCCGCACAUGUUGUGUGCAGGGAACUUGGCUUCCUUGGAGCGGUGUCUUGGUUACCGUCUGCCAAAUUUGGACAAGGAGAAGGUCACAUUUGGCUGGACAAUGUUCAUUGCACUGGAAGAGAGACAUCUUUGGCCAAUUGUCCCUCAAAUGGCUUUGGGGUGUCAGACUGCAGACACACAGAGGAUGUCGGGGUGGUGUGCAAUCAGAAGCGUAUCCCCGGCCACAGAUUCAUCAACACUAUGAGCAACGAUGUUGAGACCAUUGAGGAGAGGGUGGAAGAAAUCCGCAUGCGACCCAUAUCAUCCCAUCUCAAGCGGAUCCCCAUCACAGAGGGCUUUGUAGAGGUUAAGGACAAUGGGAAAUGGAGGCAGUUCUGCGAUGAGGAAUGGACACAAAUGAACAGCCGAGUCGUUUGUGGGAUGUACGGAUUCCCCGGAGAAAAGAAAUACAGCAACAAAAUCUUAAAAUCCCUGUCCAUGCGAAAGAGAAAAAACUACUGGGGUUUCUCCGUGAACUGUACAGGAAAUGAGGUCCACCUGUCGAGCUGUAGACUGGGCAAACCCCUGGAACGAAAGAGGAACGGCACCUGUGGACGUGGCCUGCCUGUGGUAGUCAGCUGCGUGCCUGGAAGAGCCUUCGCCCCCUCAUCAUCUGUUGGCUUCAGAAAGGCCUACAGACCAUCGCAACCCCUGGUGCGUCUGCGGGGAGGUGCGAAUGUUGGUGAGGGAAGAGUGGAGGUGUUAAAGAACGGAGUUUGGGGGACGGUCUGUGACGACAACUGGAACCUGAGGGCCGCCACUGUCGUGUGUCGAGAGCUGGGCUAUGGCACAGCCAAAGAGGCUUUUACUGGAGCAAAGUUAGGACAAGGAAUGGGUCCGGUUCAUAUGAAUGAGGUAGAGUGCUCUGGAUUUGAGAAGUCUCUCACUGACUGCUACUUCAAUAAUGAUGCGCUGGGCUGCAGUCAUGAGGAAGAUGCUGGCGUGCGCUGCAAUGUACCUGCCAUGGGCUUCCAAAAGAGGAUUCGUUUGAGUGGAGGAAGAAACACGUUUGAGGGACGUGUGGAGGUUCUAGCUGAAAGGGGUGGUUCUCUGGUGUGGGGAACCGUUUGUAGUGAAAACUGGGGGAUCAUGGAGGCGAUGGUGGUCUGCAGACAGCUGGGAUUAGGCUUCGCCAGCCACGCAUUUCAGGAGACGUGGUACUGGUCUGGAGACCGCAGUGCUGAUCAUGUUGUGAUGAGUGGGGUCAGAUGUUCAGGUACUGAGAUGAGUCUCACUCAGUGUCUGCAUCACGGGAAACAUCUCAACUGCCCGAAAGGAGGCGGACGCUUCGCUGCUGGAGUCUCGUGCGCAGAUACGGCCCCUGACCUGGUGCUUAACGCUCAGCUUGUGGAGCAGACCACCUAUCUGGAGGACAGGCCCAUGUACGCCCUCCAGUGCGCCCUCGAAGAACACUGCCUCUCCACCACUGCAAAACAAGGCGACCACAGCUCGUACCGACGCCUGCUCCGCUUCUCAUCCCAGAUCCAUAAUGUAGGCUUAUCCGACUUCAGACCCAAGCUGGGAUACCACGCAUGGACCUGGCACGAGUGUCACAGGCACUACCACAGUAUGGAGGUCUUCACACACUAUGAUCUUCUGAGUCUGAAUGGUACCAAGAUUGCAGAAGGUCACAAGGCCAGCUUCUGUUUGGAGGACACGCAGUGUGAUGAAGGUAUUCAGAAACGAUAUCUUUGUGCCAACUUUGGGGAGCAGGGCAUCACGGUUGGCUGCUGGGACACCUAUAGACACGACAUUGACUGUCAGUGGAUCGACAUCACAGAUGUGAAGCCGGGAGAUUAUAUUUUCCAGGUUGUGAUCAAUCCUAACUAUGAUGUAGCAGAAUCAGAUUACACCAACAAUGUUUUGAAGUGCAAGUGUCGCUAUGAUGGAAACAGAAUAUGGACGUAUAACUGUCAUACAGGUGGCUCACGGAGUUCAGACAUGGAUGAAUACCCUGGAAUGAGCAACCAGUUGUACCAUAGAUAGAAGAGACAGAGAAAAUAAACCAAAGGCUCUCAGUGGUGGAUGCUGCAAACUGUCACUCAAGACUGUUGAAAUAUAACUGACCACUAGAGAGACUCCAGCACUUCAAGAGCAGACACGAGCAUCUGCUCUGUUGACCGACCUCCAAGUGAACAUGUUUAGGUUUAAAUGUAGAUUAUCUCCUCCUGAUGCUAGUUUGCAAGCUUCCGAACCGAAAGCAUUUAAUUUUCGUGAUUUUACUGUACAGAGAAUUUCUUGCUUGUCAUUAUGAACUCAUGGCAUAUAUAACUGUAACACAAACUUGGAUCAUCAUUGGCUCUUAUUGUCCCCUAGGCUUUUUUCUGUAUUAUGUUGCAUAAACAAACCUGUUUAUAGCCGUUACUAUCUAAUGUACAGUCAACACAGCUCUGUCCAACUUCUGUAGUCCAUUCAUCAUGCACGUUGAGUAAUUUAUUACGUUCAGUCAGGGAUUGUGUUUAAUAUGUAUGCAAUGUGAAACUAUGAUUUUCUUGCGUAUUUGUGAAGCGUCUUAUGAAAAAAGCUCCCUCCGUUUUAUGAGGGUAUCUACAACCAGUUACAUGGUUUUAAGAUAAACGGUGUGUGAGUAAAACAACACACAUCAUGAAACCUUCACAUUGCUUUCUAUAAUAAAAGAAUGGAGCAAUUGA